UUUUUUCUUUUAAGUGUGUAGGCCUACGUAUUCUAAAAAUCCUCUAAUCAUAACAUGGGUGUUGACGUUUAGUUAAGUAACAGUUACUUUACUUAGGUUUCAAAUUUUCCAAAAUAAUAUUAUUUACGUAAAAAUAAUUUAAAACACGAGUCAUACGUAAUCUUGCACUCAUACAUAAAUCUUCAAGACAAGAGCGUGCGUUUAUCCUAUUUAGUCGUUAGGGGGCGCGCGCUGAGUAUGGCUUGCUCGUGAAGGAGGUACUAAAAUUAUUUUGAACUACUUUUGAAGUUGCAUUCAAAUGUUUUGUUGUCGGAAAGAAAAGAAGGCCACAAGGUUUGUUCUUGCGUAUUUAUUGGGAAAAUAAAUCUUAUUAAAGUCAAAAUUAUAGUUAGCGUCCCAUUCACUGACAACCAUAAACAUUCACCGCGCUAUCCAAUGUUAGAUAACUUGCUGACUAUUCUGGAAUUUCGGGAAAUACAUCCUAUUUUCGCUGUGUAUAAAAUAUAUACGCUUCAAAUGGUUAUCAUAAGUAAAUAUGCACUACUUUAACGACAAGACAAGGCACUGUAACUGUUGUGGGGGGAAAAAAAAUAAUACAGAAUACCAGUCACGGCAGCAACCGCAAUGUUUAAAGUUAAUGGCCCCCCAACUCGGGAACUUGGGUAUCAAAAUUGUCCCCGAGCUAGGAAACUCGUAGUUAGGAUAAUUCCGAUUGCAGGUGCAGGCGUAUUUGAACGAAACAAAAAUCCUUGAAAAGUUCUUAAGACCGCCGUAAACUGUGCAAGUUUAAAAUGAAUUUCUCAUCUCAGGUAACACAAGGUAAAAAUGUUCCAGAUUUUAAAUAAUGGCAACUUGACAUUUCAAGUUCAGUCAAGAUAUUUACUUAAAAAAGGUAAAACUCAGAAAAUCCCCUGCUGUUUUCAUUUUUAAAGCUCUAAGAACACCUUGUUUUUUUCAGUGCAAUGUUAACACAAAAGCAAGUAAAACCACACAAGGGAAUUCCACCAAGACAUGCACAUUAAACAUACAUUUAAAAUGCCAAUCAAUCCAUCUGAAAGGCCAAAGUGCUAUGUUUUUUGUCAUAAAGAUGAUUGUGUUCCUCUGUAGCUCAACCCAGCAGGUGGAUUGUGGUCAGUGAACUCUGCACGGAAAAAACACAUUUCAUUCAACUCCAUUCAGCGUCACAGUAUGUCAGCACACAAUGCCGUCUUGGCAUUCGCCUCUACCGCACACUGUAAACAGCUGGACUGUAUUUUACAAAAGGCAAGUAACUUUUAGAUUUGUGCAAACCCUAAUCCAAGCGCUCACAUUAAUAAACUGGCUGUGGCCACAUGUUCUCAGCGCCUUAGCCAAUAGCCAGAGGGCUGACAUGGAAGGCGGUAAAUUUGUUAUGGAGCAAAGGAAAAAAGACAAGAAGGGAGAUUCAAGAGACGAAAAAGGCUCCAGAUGUGGUGCUGAGGGGGUGAGGUGUUUGUAUGUCAUCUGCUCGGGCGGCUGCGCGUACACCCAUCCGAGGGGGAUGCUGUCAGCCCUGAUGGAGGGGGCCCGGGCCCCAGGCCUGAGGUGGUGGGGCGAGUGGGUCACAGCCUACGCACAUCUGGAAGCACUUCAGGUCAACAGGGCCUGGCUGCCUGAAAGAGGACACAUCAGAGGCUUGAAGAAUGAGCAAACGCGCUUGUGAAACAUGGUUGAAGGCAGAGCGGGGAGCCCAGAUCUCGAAGCUUUGGCUGCAGCACCAGGCCUGGUGGAGGCACAGUGUCCGGUUACGCAGCGCCUGAGGAAUGAGCUCAAAGUCUCUUUUAUCAAAGCAUUUCUGUAUUGCUCCCUUUCUGGGACACAUUAAUUGCAGAUGUGUUUGUUCUAUUUCUUUCCUUUCGUUCUCCCCUUCCUUCUCUUGAUCUAUAAACGGGAAUAAUCCCCAUCUUUCUACAAAAACAGUCUCAUUACAGGAGAAUGUGGAGACUGGCUGCGGCCUACAGCAUGUGUGCUGAGAGGCAGAGUGAUCGGCUGGGGCUUUUUAAACAAUCAUGUCGAAAUCUGGCGAUGGGGCCGAUGACAGUGGCGAAACAACACAAAGAUUCAGUGCAUCCUUGUGGAAACCUUGAAUUAGACAACUUGUUAAAUCUUCUUUUUUGAUUUUGAUCGGGUUUUAUUUCUAACCAUUUGUUACUUUUGAAGUAGCUUUAUUUGAAUAGAGCUUCAGUACAUUUUUUUUUUAUUAAAAAUCUCGAAAUGUAUGUAUUUUCUAAUCAACCAGGACCUAAUAGACUGCAGUUAAUAAUUGUGAGGUGUAAA